GUCCAAUUUCUUGUGUUGGAAAUUACAACUGCUGAAAUGGGGACUGGCGCCAUUCUAUAUCCUUCAUGUAUAAACUCAUCAGAAGUAUGAAUCAUCAUCAGCAAAAGAAGAAUGUAUUGGAUAUGUACGUUCUUGAAGUAGGGAAACAUAGAUUGUAUCAGUCCAUCAAGUGGGCAGUGCGUUUGGACCGUUAGAGACACUUCAGCCAUGCGCAUUGUUGAAGAGGACAAAGAGAUGUAAAUUGAGUUAGCAUCAGCUUAUUGUAGGAAUGUUCACCGGUGAUGAGACCACAGGUGUGUACGUCACAGUGAGACCUGGGGACUACUGGCAGAGGAGGGGCGGAAGAAAGUCAACCGAUCUAUACUUGUGUCGUUCUGUAUCUUAGCUUUCAUUCUGCAUGGUGUUUCGUCUGAGAGGAGUACUUACAUCACCGGCAAACAGUCCGAGCAAUGUCGUUAGAAGAUUCAGAGACAACCUGUCUGAUUCCGCGGGCAGAUGCGUCUCCUUGCGAACGACGUCCAAAGCGCAGCUGCUGGCAACUUACGACGAAUAGCACCAUCAUGCUGGGGAGGGAGCUAUGUUACGGGCUGGAAGCCGCGCUGGUCGUGCCACAUCUGUUGACUCGUGGAAUGCCUACCAACAUGUACAGUCUGGUGUUUCUGAUCCCUCCCAUGUUUGGUUUCCUCUUGCAACCCGUGAUGGGCUCGACAAGCGACCGCUGCCGGUCACCACUGGGGAGACGCCGCCCGUUCAUCCUGACGCUGGAUGUGACCAUCAUGUUUGGACUCAUUCUCUUCUUGAAUGACGAUAACGUAGUGAAGGGUGUUUUCCAACUCCAGGCAGGUUCCCAGUCAGCCACCGUGGUCCGGCUGGUGGUCGCUACUGUUGGGGCGGUCCUGUUCAUGUUCGCCGCGGACUCCAUCGAGGGCCCGGUCCGGGCAUACCUGCUGGACACCUGUAACGCCGAGGACCAGCGGAAAGGGCUGGACCUGCAAGCUGCUUUUGCAGGAAUCGGCGGCGUACUGGGUUACAUGUCAGGAGCUGUGGACUGGAAGAAGCUCGGAGUUCGCCCCGGGUCGGAGGAUCUCGUCAGGUUCGGCAUCUGCUUCUCCCUCUUCGUGGUCUGCGCUAUUCUCAACCUCCUCAGUAUUCCCGAGAAGCCGCUAGCGAGGCCCGGACCGUCCGAGAAAAAGGCUAAAGACACCGACAAGGAUACAAACGUGCGUGUUCUCACAAUCAGCACCGAGGACAGGGUUGGCGACCAGCAAGAUACAUGGGAACAAGCGGGUGGAAAUCGUAUCGACCACUCCACGGUCGGUCAAAGUCAAGAAAACGAUACUCCAGCGGACGUGCCGAAAGGCGUGGAGAAGAGCGUCAGUAUCUCUUUCACUACAUUCUUUAAGUCCAUCGUCAAGAUGCCCGGUCAACUUGCACGGCUCUGUCUCACGCAGCUUAUAGCCUGGCUGGGGUUUAUGGCUAUCAUGCUGUUCUCACCGACUUUAGUGGGGCGGCGGGUGUACGGUGGGGUCCCUGAGGCGGCGGCUGGGUCCGAGGCUAGGCGGCGGUAUGAGGCAGGAGUGCAGAUGGGGUGCUGGGGACUGACCAUUAAUGCUGCUGCAUGUGCAUUCAUCUCAGGUCUGGCUGACCUUCACCUGGGCCGCCUGGGCCUGAGGACAGUGUACAUGGGCGGCACGCUGCUGUUUGCCGUGGGCAUGGCGGGCAUGGUGCUUCUGGUCGAGCUGACGGACGAGGGCUGGCCGUUCCUACUGCUGUGUCCCGUCAUGGGCCUGAUGUACAGUACACUCAGUAUCGUCCCGUACAGACUUCUCUCACAAUAUCACCGUAAUCCACAGUACGUAACUACAGGUACAGACGGUUCUGGGCGGCGGGGGAUGGGUGUGGACUGCGCCCUCCUCACGACACAGAUCCAGCUCAGCAGGGUCAUCAUAGGUGCCGUCAUGGGGCCAAUCGUCAACGCCGCAGGCACCUUGACUGUAGUGGUCAUCAUGGCGGGAGGCCUGGCGUUCUGUGCUUUCUUAGCUACCGCGCUUCUUGUACAGUACGAAUCUUAA